AUGGCAAGGGAGCGUGCAGGAGGAUCUCCAAAACCUCAUAAUUACAUAGAUCAUGUAAAACGAAAACGACUUACAUACAUCUUUUCUAUGAGCUGCCUAUGUAUUGUAUUCUAUACCCUUGGUGUUUGGCAAGGCAAAACACCAGCAGUUUCCACCAAAUUCCAACAACAAAACAGCAUCCUUGACCGAAAGAUAGACUGCACCAACACAGAAUUCUCUGAUGAAACAAAACAAGGCACUAAUAAUAAUAAUAACAAUAAUAAUCUAGACUUUGAAAGUCAUCAUAAAGUGGAACUGAAUUCAAGUGAUGAAUCUGCAGUGAAACCAUUUCCAACAUGUGAAAUGUCUUACAGUGAAUAUACACCUUGUCAAGAUCCAAGAAGAGGCAGGAAAUUUGAUCGUUAUAUGUUGAAGUAUAGAGAAAGGCAUUGUCCUACUAAAGAUGAAAUGAUGAUGUGUUUGAUACCUCCUCCUUCUAAGUAUAAGACUCCUUUUAAAUGGCCUCAAAGUAGAGAUAUUGCUUGGUAUGAUAAUAUUCCUCAUAAAGAACUAAGUAUUGAAAAGGCUAUUCAGAAUUGGAUUCAAGUUGAAGGUGAUCGCUUUAGGUUUCCUGGUGGUGGUACUAUGUUUCCUCGUGGUGCUGAUGCUUAUAUUGAUGAUAUUAAUUCACUUAUUCCUCUUACUAAUGGAAACAUUCGAACUGCCAUCGAUACCGGUUGUGGGGUUGCAAGUUGGGGAGCUUACUUAUUAAAGAGAGACAUAAUUGCAAUGUCUUUUGCCCCAAGAGACACACACGAAGCUCAAGUACAAUUUGCCUUGGAACGAGGUAUUCCUGCUAUGAUUGGCAUCAUGGCUUCACAAAGGCUUCCUUACCCUGCAAGGGCUUUUGACAUGGCUCAUUGUUCUCGUUGCCUUAUUCCUUGGCAGAACUAUGAUGGAUUGUAUCUGAUGGAAGUAGAUAGAGUGUUAAGACCUGGAGGUUACUGGAUUCUUUCUGGACCGCCUAUUCGCUGGAAGAAAUACUGGAGGGGAUGGGAAAGGACUCAAGAAGAUCUCAAGCAAGAACAAGAUGCAAUCGAGGAUGUUGCAAAACGACUGUGUUGGAAGAAGGUCAUUGAACAGGGUGAUCUUGCCAUUUAUCAGAAGCCUUUAAAUCACAUUGAAUGUAUCCAGACCAAGAAAACAUAUCCCACUCCACAUAUUUGCAAAUCGGACAAUAUAGAUGCAGCUUGGUACAAAGAUUUAGAGGCCUGUAUAGCUCCAUUACCUGAAGUAAGCAGCUCAGAAGAAGUAGCAGGAGGAGCACUAGAAAAAUGGCCUGAACGCGCUAUGUCUGUGCCUCCAAGAAUAAGCAGCAAUUCAGUUCCAGGAAUUUCUGCAGAGAAAUUCAAAGAAGACAAUAACUUAUGGAAGGAAAGAGUAGCAUAUUAUAAGAAGAUAGUUCCUCCUAUACCACAAGGAAGGUAUCGAAAUGUGAUGGAUAUGAAUGCCUAUUUGGGUGGGUUUGCUGCAUCUAUGGUUAAGUAUCCUGUUUGGGUUAUGAAUGUGGUUCCGGAAAAUUCGAACCCCGAUACUCUGGGUGUUGUCUUUGAACGAGGUUUCAUUGGAACGUACCAUGACUGGUGUGAAGCAUUUUCUUCUUAUCCUAGAACAUAUGAUCUUAUUCAUGCUGGUGGUGUUUUCAGCAUCUAUCAAGACAGGUGUGACAUUACAUAUAUUUUGCUCGAGAUGGAUCGAUUGUUAAGACCAGAAGGAACAGUAAUAUUCAGAGACACAGUAGAAGUUCUUGUAAAGAUACAAGCUAUAACUAACAGAAUGAAAUGGAAAAGUCAUUUCUCAGAUAAUGAAAGUGGGCCCUUUAACCCUGAGAAAAUUUUGGUUGCCAUUAAAACAUAUUGGACAGGAGGAAAUGCUCAAGAACAAGGUUAAAGUUUAGUUUAUAACUAUUUUUAAGC